UCCAGGGAUCCCCACAUUUUAGGGCGGCUCGUUCGUGGCGGGGGGCGGGCAUGGACUUGGAUCAGUGGAUCGAGAAAGUGAAAUCCGGGCAGCAUCUACUCGAGGACGAGCUCAAGCAGCUGUGUGAAUAUGUGAAGGAGAUUUUGGUAGAGGAGUCCAAUGUGCAGCCAGUAGACAGUCCAGUGACAGUGUGCGGCGAUAUUCACGGCCAGUUCCACGAUUUGAUGAAGCUCUUCCAUACUGGUGGGCACGUCCCUCACACAAAUUACAUCUUUAUGGUAAAAUCGAGCUCUUUGAAUCUAGUUGUUUCUUACAUUGCUUCCAUUGCUCUUCCUUUCCAGGGUGAUUUCGUGGAUCGUGGAUAUAACAGCCUCGAGGUUUUUACAAUUCUUCUUCUUCUCAAAGCGAGGUAUCCUGCGCAUAUGACUCUCUUGAGAGGAAAUCACGAGAGCAGACAAAUUACGCAGGUGUAUGGUUUCUAUGAUGAAUGCGAGCGGAAGUAUGGAAAUCCAAACGCUUGGCGUUACUGCACUGACGUUUUCGAUUAUCUAACUAUCUCUGCGAUCAUCGACGGCAGAGUGCUCUGCGUGCACGGUGGUCUAUCACCUGACGUGAGAUCCAUUGACCAGAUCAGAGUGAUAGAGAGGCAAUGCGAGAUACCUCAUGAAGGUCCAUUUUGUGAUCUCAUGUGGAGCGAUCCGGAGGACAUUGAAGCGUGGGGAGUUAGCCCCCGUGGUGCCGGAUGGCUAUUUGGUGCACGGGUUACUUCCGAGUUUAAUCACAUCAAUGGUCUGGAGCUGGUGUGCCGAGCACAUCAACUAGUACAGGAGGGAUUGAAGUACAUGUUUCCAGAUAAAAGCCUUGUCACGGUUUGGUCAGCACCAAACUACUGCUACCGCUGUGGAAACGUGGCAUCCAUUCUAAGCUUUAACGACGUGAUGGAACGGGAUGUGAAGUUCUUCACAGAGACCGAAGAGAACAGCGCGAUGUUGGCACCCAGGGCCAGUGUUCCCUAUUUUCUUUAGAACUGGCGCGUGUAUUUUUUACACUACACAGGUGGGCUGUAAAUUAUUGGAAUGGUCUAUCUCUUUUGAGAGGGCGUUUUGUUUCCUCUUUUCUUGUUGAAAACCUUGUGCCAUAACAUAAGAGCCAUUUAAAUCA